AUGGGUUCAAAUGCGGCCUUGGAGAAAGAAGAGGGUCAUGAUAUCCGGAACUGCAUCAAGCGCGCUUCUCACGUCUUCCUAAUUGCCCAGCAUAAGCUCAGAAAAAGCAAAGCUGGGAAAGUGUGUAAGUGCAUGCUGUCCUGCGGCCUUCGUUACCCAGCCACGGCCGAGGGCACGCCGACGCUAUGUGGAGGGCGAACAUCAUUUGGAGUCCAGAAUCCGGAACGGAACCUCAAGAGCAAAAACAAAAAGAAAGAAAGAAAGGAGAAAAAAAAGGAGGAGGAGGAAGCGAUAAGCCUUUGCCGCGAACCCGCAUUGUCUUCCGCGUGCUUGUCACGUGUCUUCUUGCUGCUCUUCGUUUUUUUUUCCUUCGUCGAAACGGACCCUAAGUUCUGGCCGGGUAUUGUUUUCCCGCUCCAGAGUGCGGCUAUGCGUUUUUGUGGCCCGCGCCUGAAGAAGAAAAAUCCACAAAAAAAAAACAAAAAACCCCAUAGCCGCGGAAACCCCUAG